AUGGCCGACGAGAUGGCCGACGAGAUGGCCGCUGAAUACAGUCGUGACGGGUGCCUUCUUGGGCAGUGCCACAUGAUAUGCAGCGGUUGCCCGAAGCGGGAACAAGUCAAAGUCAUCGAUGCAGUUUAUUUCUUCCAGGCUCUUCUGCGACCGGCAAGCUCGCCUUUUUACUUGCUCGAAAUAAUCUGGCCAGAAGACGCUGUAGUCAGAACCAAGACAAAGCCAUCUUCGGGCAAUUGCAGCACGACAACCAAACAGGACACAUUUCUCUCAUAG